CCAGUGAAUGGGUUUGGCAGGGUGACUUUCAACCUUCAGCAGCCACCUGGGGUGCUGUGGGGAAGAACCAAGAGGAUCACUUCUUUUCUGAUGGAGAAGAGCAAUCUCUCUUUGAUCCUCCUCCAAGUCAAGUUUCUCCUCACUGCCUAGAAAAAUACCUAAUUCCGAGGACUGAUGUGUCCUCGUCACCCGUCUUUCUUUUGGGGGCAGUGGGAGAAAGCUAAAGACAUAUAGAAAAGGACUAAUAGUAGAAGGAAAGAAAAGACAAGGGGAGCAAAUGUGGAAACCCUCUGGCCAGGAAUAGAAAAGAGAAAGAAGGCAGGAUGAAUGGGAAGGGAAAGAUCACGGAAAAUAAAAAACCCAGGGGAAUAAGAAGAGAGGAAGAGAGAAAAGAAAACAGUGAUUUAUUGUUAAGAAAAGUGUCUCUCCUAAGUCCUCUAGGUCAAGAAGUCAGACAAGGUGCAGAGCACGGAAAGGAAGCAGCAGAACAUGGAAAGCAGGGAACGGACACCCAGUGCAUGAUCCCGGAGACGCCGGAGUUCAGCCCCAUGGGACUGAGAGCCCACACCGUGUUGGCCUCUACCCUGGUGUAUUUCAUCCAGCUUCCUUGGGCAAGAUGUGAGGAGAGCUGUGUCAGUCCUGAACAUUGCCUGACUACAGAUUGGGUACAUCUCUGGUAUAUAUGGUUGCUCGUGGUAAUUGGCGCCCUGCUUCUCCUGUGUGGCCUGACUUCGGUGUGCUUCCGCUGCUGCCUGAGUCGCCAGCAAAAUGGGGAAGAUGAGGGCCGGCCACCCUACGAAGUGACAGUCAUCGCUUUUGAUCAUGACAGCACGCUCCAGAGCACGAUCACCUCCCUGCAGUCAGUGUUCGGCCCUGCGGCUCGGAGAAUCCUGGCGGUGGCCCACUCCCACAGCCCGCUGGGCCAGCUGCCCUCCUCCGUGGACACCCUCCCAGGGUAUGAGGAAGCUCUUCACAUGAGCCGCUUCACAGUGGCCAGGUGUGGGCCGAAAGCACCUGACCUCCCCUCAGUGCCAGAAGAGAAGCAGCUGCCUCCAGUGGAGAAGAUGUCUCCUCAAGGAGAACAUGCUUCAAACUGAUGGGAACUUCGGUUUUAUAAAUGGGGAGGGGGCACCCGCAGAGUUGGUAAAGAUUGACAGAUGGAACAUUUUUUUGCCACCUUUCAGGAGAUUUAGGAUGAAUCUAAACAUCAUCUAGUGGAAAACAUGGAUUCCAACGCUUCAUUUCCAGCCACAUAUAUUUUUCGAGAUGGAAUGCUCUAAUCGAGAACUCUCAUAAUGUAUCCAGUACCAAAAUGUGCAACUAACCUCUAGCAAUGUGUCAAAGAUUUCUUGAAUUCCUCCAACUAUUGAGUUCCUUUACCCACAGGAUACUGCAAGUUGCUCUUCUCUGCCAGCGCCUGGGUAGAAUACGCUUGAGGGGCCAUAAGCAUUAAUGUACCAAAUUCACUUUUCCUCUUGAGGGAACACCCACUUUGACACUGAACGACAAUGGUCAUCUUAGACAUCAUGUAAUACCUAACUGGACAUCCAUAAUCCAAGGGUGGGCUUGCAAUGUGGGCUAGGAGAACACAGUAUAUAUUGAAAUGCCAGAUAUAAAGGUCUUUCUUUCACUCUGGUCCUACCUACCAGGGGUAUUGGACAGUGCACAGAGGACAGUAACAGUUCUACUCAAUUUUCAGUUCCUCUGCCCUGUGAACACACGCAUGCACGCACGUGCUUGAGCCCACACACGCACCCUUUUCUAACUUGGAAAGAAUAGCAUUGCUUUGCUUCUUUUCUCCUGCCUGAGUUGACCACUUGAAACCAAGUAUGUAGUGACAAGCACUACUAGACUCUAGUGGUGGCCUUUCCUGCCACCUAGUGGCGCCAUGAUAGAAAUGCAUCCUCCUAUCUGCACACUUCUCCAUUUCCGGGAGCACAAACUGAACCAAGCCUAGAUGAGAUCCCUCCCAAGGCACCAACCCCUUGUGCCAUGUUGAACUGCCCACGUAGCAUACUACCUCCAACGUAUAAUACUAUUGGAAAAUUGAGGAAGUGAAUUCGAUUCAGCAGUGACCUUAGAUAACCCAGUGGAAUCUUUAAAGCACAGUUUUCUCAUCUGUACGAUAGACAGGCAAUGAUAACACCUCACAAGUUUGAUGUGAGGGUCAAAUAAACUAAGUAUAUAUGACAUAUUUGUAAAGUA